AUGGCUGAAGUAAAAAAAUUAGACGAGCAAUCAAAAGCUCAACUAAAAGGAGAUUUUUCUAUUCAACCUCAAAAAGUAACUCCCGCACUGAAUACUUCUGAAUGGCCGUUACUAUUAAAGAAUUAUGAUAAACUUCACGUUCGUACAGGACAUUAUACUCCUGUUACUCAUGGCUGUUCACCGCUUAAACGAGAGCUUAAUGAAUAUAUAAGAUAUGGGAUCAUCAAUCUUGAUAAACCCGCAAAUCCUUCUUCACAUGAAGUAGUUGCAUGGGUUCGCCGUAUACUAGAAGUUGAAAAAACUGGUCAUAGUGGUACUUUAGAUCCAAAAGUCACAGGUUGUUUGAUUGUCUGUAUUGAUCGAGCCACUAGAUUAGUUAAAUCACAACAAAGUGCUGGAAAGGAAUAUGUUUGCGUAAUUCGAUUUCAUGAUUCACUUGAAUCCGCUAGAAAAUAUGCUUCGGCUUUGGAAACUCUUACAGGUGCCCUUUUCCAACGUCCACCUUUGAUUUCGGCAGUUAAACGACAAUUGCGUAUCAGAACUAUACAUGAAAGCAAAUUAAUUGAAUUUGAUAAUAAUCGUCAUUUGGGAGUAUUUUGGGUUAGUUGUGAAGCCGGAACUUAUAUUCGUACAUUAUGUGUUCAUUUGGGUCUUAUCCUCGGUACUGGAGCACACAUGCAAGAAUUACGUCGCGUUCGUUCAGGCGCAUUAAGUGAAAAUGAUGAUAUGGUUACGAUGCACGACGUAUUAGAUGCAAAAUGGUUGCAUAAAAACACUAAAGAUGAAAGUUAUCUUCGAAGAGUUAUUCGUCCACUUGAAACCCUUCUUACAACCUAUAAACGAAUUGUAGUAAAAGAUAGUGCUGUCAAUGCUAUAUGUUAUGGUGCAAAAUUGAUGGUUCCAGGUUUACUUAGAUAUGAAGAAGGAAUUGAACUAAAUGAAGAAGUUGUUCUUAUGACUACAAAAGGAGAGGCUAUAGCUCUUGGAAUUGCGUUAAUGACAACCGCAGUAAUGGGAACGGUAGAUCACGUUGUUGCUAAAAUUAAACGUGUCAUCAUGGAGCGAGACACUUAUCCAAGAGUUUGGGGUUUGGGACCUAAAGCACAAGAAAAGAAAAGGUUGAUUUCUCAGGGUAAAUUAGACAAGUAUGGCCGUAGUAAUGAAAAUACCCCUGAUUCCUGGAAGAAAUCUUUUGUUGAUUUACGGGAAGUUGGAACUAAAAAUGAUACCAGUAUACAAGAAGCAAGUACUACCACUACUACCAACACUACAGAACAAAAAACAUUAAUACAAGAAAUAGAAUCUUUACCUAAACAAGAAGUUGAAACGGGUUCCGCGUAUAAAAGAAAAGCUGGUGAAGAGUCACCAGACGAUGAAAAGAUACCAAAGAAAGAAAAAAAGUCAAAGAAACCUAAAGUUAAAGAAAUUGAAUCUGAAAUAGGAUCACCUGAAAAAACUGUAUCAAUUAAAAGAAAAAGAUCGGGAGUAGUGGAAGACAAUGAUAAUAAAUUAAGUGCAGAUAAAGAUAAACCAGAAAGUUCAACAAAGAAAACCGAAAAAUCCUCAAAGAAGUCAAAAAAAGAAAAGGCCGAAUCUGUAAAUAUGAAUAUUGAUGAAGAUGAAUCGAUGCCAGAAAAAAAGAAACAAGUAAACGAGAAAGAAGUCCAAGAAGUUAAAGAAGUCACAGAAGUUAAAGAAAGAGAAAUCAAAAUACAAGAAAACGAAAUCAAAGAAGUCAUAGAAGUUAAAGAAAAAGAAAACGAAGUUAACAAAGUUAACGAAGUCAAAGAAAAAGAAGUUAACGAAAUUAACGAAGUCAAAGAAAACGAAGUUAACGAAGUCAAAGAAAAAGAAGUUAACGAAAUUAACGAACUGGCUAAUUCUUCAGUUUCGUCUUUACCCGAUUUGUCCCAAUUCGUCUUUACUUCUAAAGAUAUCACAAUCGCUAAAAGUUCCUUGGAUUUAGUACUUAAAUAUUUCAAAGAAUCUAAACUUAAUCGAGAUAUAUGUUCUAAAGGAUUAGAAAUUGCUCAAAGAAGUAAAUUAAUAUUCGAUGGAAUUGCAAAAGAAAUUUUGAAGCGACAACAGUCUUCUUCGCUACCAAAAAUAGCCGACACAGAAGCCACCACUACAGGUGCCACCGCUACAGGUGCCACCACUACAGGAACUACCACUACAGAAGCCACCACUACAGGAACCACCACUACAGAAACCACCACUACAGGAACCACCAUCACAGAAACCACCACCACAGAAACCACCACCACAGAAACUAAACUUAAACUUUCUCUGUCUUCCAAAUUUUCUCAAUCUCAACCGCCUACAAAUUUGACACCCUCAACUUCUGGAAGUUUCGAAAGUUUCGUCGAACAAUGUGAUCAAUUUUAUAAAUUUGGUGAUUGUCUAUGGAAUAUUUCUACUUUCUUUAGUUAUUCUAUAAAUGAAGAUCUUGAGAUGAGAGAAAAGAUUUUAGAUCUCAUUGAAGAAUUAGACACUGCCACUAUUGAAUUAAAUGAAAAGAUAGAAGAGUGGAAGUUGAAAAAUGGUAGUAGAUGGGGUAGCGUUAGAAAUAAAAUCAAAGUAUUAGCUAAAUUUUCAAUAAUGAGAAAUAAUUCAAUCGCGCUUUUAAAGGAAAAAGAUAUUAAAGAUUGUAAAAUUCCAGUGGAUAUAUUAAAAACUCAGAGACAAGAUAUUGAAAAUUCUAGUGAUACUAUCACCAACAAUUCAGAUGAUAAUAAACCAAUAUUAAAAGGAAGUAGAAAUCAUAUUCGACAAUAUUGGUAUGUAGGGUGUAAAAGAGUAGCUGUAAAAGAGGUGGGAAAAUUUGAGAAUGACGAUAAUAAAAUCUCCGAAUUAAAGAAAGAAGUCAAUUUUUUGAUGGAUUUAAAUAAAAAUUCUCAUAUUUUGGAAUAUUUUGGAUAUUGUCAAAGAGAAAAUAAUAUUUUCUCGGUAAUUUCUCAAUGGGGAGAUUAUAAUUUACAAACUUAUCUUGCUGAAAAUAUUGAUUUGAUUUGGGAUGAAAAAUUAAACAUUUCUCGAGGAAUUUCUGACGCAUUAACUUAUUGUCAUGGUCUAAAUAUUUUGCAUUAUGAUAUUAGAACAAAUAAUGUAUUAUUGGACCAUAAUCUUCAACCAAAACUUUAUAAUUUCCGAAUUGUUAAAGAAUCUCCUGUAGUUCUAAUUUCAGAAAAUUCACCAAUUGAUGAUUAUAGAUAUAGUUCACCGGAGAGAAUUCGAGGCGAAGCAUAUACUACUGCUAGCGAGGUUUACAGUUUCGCAAUGGUAAUGUGGGAAAUUCAACAUCAUCAAUUACCGUAUUCAAAUUCAACUCCUGAACAAAUCAAUUCGAAAAUCUUGGCGGAUGAAAAACCUGAAUUAGAACCAAAAGUUGGUACUCCGGUUGAAUAUCAACGUAUAAUUGAAGAAGCUUGGUCAUAUGCACCCGAAAAACGUCCUAGAAUGUCAUCUAUAUUUUCUCGUUUGGAUGUAUUAGAUUCUUCUUAUCUUUUCGGGCUGAAAGUUAUAGAGCUAAUCGGUUCUAAACAAGAAGAAAAUGAGAGUAUUUCUGAUGUUUCUUUUUCUGAUGAUUCUGAUCAUGAAAUUCUAUUGGAAACUCAAGAGGAAUCUGACCAAUUAAAAUUACAAGAUUCCGAAAUUCCGAAGGAUACUGAAAGCUCGGACAUUGAUGUCAAAGACUCUGAUAAAACGACAUUAACAAACCGAGAAAUUCAAGAAUCUGAUCAGUUAAACGUACAAGAUUCUGAAAUUCAAAAGGAAACCGAUACAGAAGAUGAUGAUAAGGAAAUUGAUGCCGAGAAAAUUGAUACCAAGGACAUUGAUGAAGCAUCAACAACAAACAGAGAAAAUAAAGAGAAAUCCGAACAAUUAGAAGUAAAGGCUUCAAUUAAAAAAGAAACUGAAGGUUCCGUUCCCGAGAAAAUCGAACUUAUCUCCAAUACAUCAAUAAUUAAAGAAAAAUUCGAAUGGGAUAGAGUCAAAUCUCCUGAAAUUCUUCAAGGAAUUAAAUUACAUGAAGAACGAAAAUAUAGAAAAGCUUGGAGUAUCUUUAAAAGCUAUGAAUCUAGAACUGAUGAUCCUGAAGGAAAGUUCUGGGUAGGAUAUUAUUAUCUUAAAGGUCAUAACGAAGGAAAAAAUCACGGAAAUCCGCAAAAGGCUGUUGAAUAUUUAAGUAUGGCAGCUAAACAAGGUCAUUCCGACGCUCAAUAUCAUUACGCUAGAACUUUAUUAACUAGUUGGGCAGGAAAGGAAGAUGAAGCAAAUAGAUAUAGACCUGCUUUAGAUCUUUUGCGAAAAUCAGCUAAACAAAAUAAUCCCCUCGCAUUAAAAAUGUUAGGAGGAAUUAUCAAAAAAGGAUCAUACAAUCAAAAAAGAGAUAUUAUUAUGGGAAAUGCUAUGAUUGAAAAGGCUAAAAGUAUUUUAUCUGCAGAAUACGAAAAAAAGAAUAGAGGUGGCAUGGACUUUUUUAGGAAUUCAAGAACGAAUUCGAGAGCAGAAACAUUGGAUGAUGUUAUAAGAGAAUGUGCAGUGGGGAUAGAUGAUCUUUUGCAAAGAACUAUAGAAGAUACAGUUGUAACGGAAGCAAUAAAUAUGACGAGAAAACCUAGUACGAAAAAAACUGGAAGUACUACAGGAUACGAAAAAAAGAAUAAAUCCGGAUUUUCGAGACCGAAUUCGAGAGCGAAUUCGUCACCAGAAACAUUGGACGAUAUUGUAAAAGGUGCAGUAGGAAUAGAUGAUGUUUUGCAGAGAACGAUAGUAAAUACGGAAGCAGUAAAUAUGACGAGAAAGCCUAGUACAAAAAGAACUUUUAAUAAAGAACCAUCCAGACUUUCGAGACCGAAUUCGAGACCAAAUUCGAGACCAAAUUCGAGACCGAAUUCGAUUGUGAAUUCAUCAAAAACAUUGGAUGAUAUUUUAAAAGGUGCUGAAGGGAUAGAUGAUCUUUUGCAGAAAACAAUAGAAGAUACGGAAGCAGUAAAUAUGACUAGAAAACCUAGCACGAAAAGAACUUCUAAUAAAGAACCUUCCAAAAAUUCGAGACCAAAUUCGAUUGUGAAUUCAUCAAAAACAUUGGAUGAUAUUUUAAAAGGUGCUGAAGGGAUAGAUGAUCUUUUGCAGAAAACAAUAGAAGAUACGGAAGCAGUAAAUAUGACUAGAAAACCUAGCACAAAAAGAACUUCUUCCAAAAAUUCUAGACCAAAUUCGAUAGCGAAUUCAUCAAAAACAUUGGAUGAUAUUUUAAAAGAUGCAGAGGGGAUAGAUGAUCUUUUGCAGAAAACGAUAGAAGAUACGGUUGUGACGGAAGCGAUAAAACCUAUCAAAAGAACUGUAAGCGUUAAAAAAUAG